AUGCCUGACAAACGCAAACCAUCCGGUUCCUUCUCUGGAUCCACACCCUAUGCAAAGCGAUCUCGUCCCUCGUACGCCGAGGACGAUGACGAGGAUGAUGCGACGCGGCCGACCGUGACCCCGUACGAACGCCCGCGCAAUCACCCCGUGUACGGGCAAAAGAGCGCCUUUCCGGGUUUAGACGUCGCGGGGGAGGACGAGCUCUUCUACGGCCCAGCAGAGGAUGGCAUGGAGUAUCUGCGCAUGGUCCGGUCGGAAGCCAACUCCCUCCCUUUUCUAUUCACGGCACCACAAGUGAUGGAGCCACCUACCGAGAUGGAUACCAAGGACGAAGAACCCCAAGCACAGCCACAGGAAGAAGAGAAACCUUCACAACCUGUCCCUGAAGGUGUCAUUGUCGACGGCGUCUUCUUUGUGCCUCCCUCAUCCAAUACCAAUACCGCUGCCGCUGCCCCUCGCGCAGAUGUCGCCGAAGAGGCCAUCUCCGACGCCCAAUCGAGCUACUACAAUCUCCUCCACCAUCGCUUCCUUCUCCUUCGAUCGAUCCUGAAAUGCGUACCUCCCUCAGAAGCCAUCGUCUCACUGGAUAUUUCCCACCCGAUCAGUUUACCGCGACACGCGAGAAACGCGCGCAAGGAAUGGCGUCGGUUACUGCUGGCGGUGGAUCCGCAGACUGUGCAGUUGGCGUGUAUGGACAUGGAAACUGUGCUGGGGGUUCUAGGGAUUAUGGCGCGACUGAUGUCGGAGAAUGUACGGAGCGGCGAUGCACAACGAGUGCGACGUAUUGGGGCUUGGGCUUGGGGUCUGUUGGGGAAAUGUCGCGAUGUUGGACAGCUGGGGACGGAGGAGGUUGGGGAGAUUCGGGAACUGGGGAAGAGAGCCGUGAAGAUCCUACGGAAGAUGAAGGAGGAAGAUGAGAAGAAGAUGGGGGAUGCGUCAGAUGAGGAAGACGAUGAAGAUGCAAUGGAGCAGGGUGCAGAGGGAGAGGGUGUGAGCCAAAUGGAUGGACCGAGUGAUCAGGAUCACGAUAUGCAGGAUGUGGAGCCUGCCGCUGAGGAGCUGGAGAUUGCGAAAGCACGGCUUCAGGCGAAACUCCAUGGCGAGGAGGAGCAAUCUCCGGUCGUCGAGUCUGAGCCUGGGAAUGAGGAAAAUGCCAUCGAAGUGGCUAUGCAGACUCGCGCCAUGUUGGAUAUGAUCAUCACGGUCGUCGGGGAGUACUACGGACAGCGGGACCUGUUGGAGGCACGCGAGUUGUGGAAUGGGCCCGACAUCUCCCCAACCACCCCCCCCUACACCCUCUACAACAUCACCCUCCGCCUGCCCCUCCGCUCCUUCACCAUCUCCAAACGCUACUCCGACUUCACAACCUUCCACACAACCCUAACCACCCAAACCAACGCCCCACCGCCAUCCCCCCUGCCCCCAAAAUCCUGGUUCCAAAACACCAUCUCCAACUCCACCCUCCGCGAAUCCCGUCGCGAAGCCCUAGAAACCUAUCUCCGCGCCAUCAACGAAUCCGACGAUCCCCGCUGGCGGAAUUCCCCUGUCUGGCGCGCUUUCUUGAACUUGCCUAGUCUACCGAAUACGAAUGGGGCCGGGGCGGCAUCACGUCUCCAUGCUGCGAUUACGGACCCGGCGGAUGCAGAGGGGGGAGGGAUCACGGAUCCGAUUCUCUGGUUGGAUUGCUUUCGGGAUAUGAAGGGGCAUUUACAUGAUGCGAGACUGUAUCUUACGAGACGGGAUCAGGAGACCACGCCGCAGAAACAGCAUGAGAGUUCGGCGAGGGCGAAGAGUGAGCUGGUGAGGGCCGGGGGGUUGAUUGGGGCGUUGGAGAAUGGGUUGAAGAAUUUGAGUAGUUCUGCUACCAUUACUGGGAGGCGAAGGAAUACGGCCAGUACGAUUGCGACAUGGAGUGUGAGUGGGAAUAAUACGCUCGGGGAAGGGGAGAUGCGACGACGGAAGGAUCUAUUGAUUAAUGCGAGGAAGGAGAAAGAUGGGUUGGAGGAUUUAUUGAAUGCCAUGGCGGCGAAGAGUCGGAUUGAUAGUGCGGUGGCGUCGAUUCAGGAUAAGGAGGCGUUGAUGGGGACGAAAGGGGGGAAGAAGGCUGUCAGGUCGUCGGGACGGGUGCUGGGUCGGGAGACGGAGAGGACCCGUGAACUGGAUAAUGCGGGGGUGGUGCAGUUGCAGAAGCAGAUGAUGGCGGAUCAGGAUAUCGCGGUGGAUGAGUUGAUGCGCAUUGUCAAUCGGCAGAAGGAGUUGGGCAUUGCAAUUAAUAAUGAGUUGCAGGUGCAGAAUGAGUUGUUGAGUUUGGCGGAUGAGGAUGCUACGAGAUUGGGUGGGAAGAUUGAUAUUGGGAAGAAGAGAAUCGGGCGGAUCUCUUGA